AUGUCAACUUCCAAAUCAACAGAUCAACUUGCUGCAAUCGCCGGCUCGACCAACAUGACAGAUAAAAUGGAAGCUGAAGUACAACGUUUACUCGACAGGAAUCGCGACUUGACCGACCAGUUGGACAAAUCCUUACGAGUCAUUGCACGCUUACGACGCCAACGAUGUGAACUAUUGGACACGAUUGCAGCCAAUCAUCAAUCAAAGCACCCAGAGUCGAACGACGAGGAUGAUGACGAUAGCAGUAUCUAUGAUGAGGAUGAUGAUUUGGGAGAGCUUAGUGCACCAUCACCAGAAGAAGAAUCGUCAUCAUCAGAGGAAUCAUCAGAGGAAGAAGUACCGUGGAUGAGCAUGGAUGCAAUAGGAUCAGGUCAAAAGAGAAAACGAGCAGCCCCAGGAACAGGAGGAGGUCGAAAGAACCGACAUCGUCUCGUGACAGCCGAAAAAGAUGAAGCAGGAGAUUACAUUAUGCCCAUUCAACUCGGGACCAUCAAAUUGCUGAGUCUCGGCACCGUCAUCUCAGAUAAUCCUGCGUACCACAACAACCGUUAUAUCUUCCCAGUGGGUUACAAAAUAGAAAGACAAUACAAGAGCAUGGUCAAUCCAGAUAACAUGAUCACCUAUACAUGUUCUAUUCAAGAAGGAGCCACCGCACCAAAGUUUUGUAUUGCUCCAUCCGAUCAGCCAGACCUCGUAAUAGAAAAAGAUAAUCCAACCGCUGCAUGGUCCACCGUCAUGAAGGAAGCCAAUCGAGAAUCACAACGCACACACUUUGCCGUUUCUGGUCCUGAGUAUUUUGGUUUAUCACAUCCCAGCGUCGGCAUGAUGAUUCAAGAUCUUCCUGGUGCCACAGCGUGUACAAAUUAUGCAUGGCGUAGCUUUGACGAUUAUCAACCUGCCAAACCCAAAUCAUCCAAUCCACCUAGUCCAACAUCCACUGCUUCAGACGUAUCAAAAACUACAACACCAAGUCGUCGAGGUGGAGGAGCUAAACGAGGAAGAGGGGGUAGGCAGAAAUAA